GCUGGAUGAUCCUGGGGCGGUGCUACCCCGAAUAUGGAGAUAGACUACCCGGCUAUGAGUUUAAGGGCUAUUUCUGUGCGUUGGUAUAUACUAGUACUAUGUAUAUCUUUGCUCUAUCCGCUGGGUUAUGGUGUCUGCUCAGAUGAUUUUGGCGGAAUUGCCCCGGUUAAAAGGGCGGUUUCCCCCCCAGGGGCCCCUUAGAAUGGCAUCAGUAAGCCGGUGUGGUGCAAUUGUGAUCAUGAUUCUGAUUCUGAAGAUGCGAAUCUGGAC